AUGGCACAGGGCGGAACGCAGCCUGCCCCCGUGGCGUCUUCAGCGGAACCCUCCAGCCGCUCGCCAGUGAUCAUCAUCGGGGCAGGCAUCAGCGGCUUGUUGCUGGCUCAGCAUUUACGCCAGCAGGGCAUACCCUUCCGCAUUUUUGAGCGGGAUACGGACCUGAACACCCGCGGAGUUGGCUGGGGGUUGACGCUGAACUGGUCUCUGCCGAUGCUGAGAUCUCUGAUCAGCCCUGAUCUAUUGUCGAGACUCCCUGAGACCUACGUCGAUCGCGAGGGCAUCGCCGCUGGCAUUGCCCCGAGAUUCCCAUUUUACGAUCUUAGCACUGGUGAACUGAAAGCUACGACACCACCUCUUCCAGAGACAGUGCGAGUACGGGUGACACGAGAAAGGUUGAGAAAGUGGCUAGCAACUGAUAUCGAUGUUGAGUGGGGCAAGUCUUUCAACACUUUUGUCGAAGAGAACCGUUAUAUUGCCAAAGCCACAGACACCCAACCAGAAGGUAGUUCAAGAUCUGUUACAGUAACUUUUGAUGAUGGCUCGGCAUGUGUUGGAAGCUUGCUUGUCGCAUGCGACGGUAGCAAUUCACGCGUUCGGCGGGCCUUGUUUCCAGAGCUAGCAAUGACAAACUUGUACCGAAUCCCCAUUGCCAUCAUGGGCGUUAAGAUGCAGCUCUCCACGCAACAGAUCGCUGGUAUGCGAGAGUUAGACGCCUAUUUCUUACAAGGUACUUCGUCUAAGGACGAUUCAUUUGUCUACAUGAGCGUAUUGGAUGCUCCUGGCAAUAGCCCAGAAAACCCACCUGAUUCAUACAAUCUUCAAAUUUGCCUUUCUUGGCCUUAUAGGGACGGAUACUUGGGACGGGAGAAAAAGCUUUGCGUUCCAGACACUCAAGAAGACCGACGAAAAUUGUUCUUAGAGUUUGCGUCGACUUACGCAGAGCCAUUUCGAUCCGUCAUGGGGGCGAUAACAGAAGAUACAGAAAUCAAAAGUGUUGAUCUGUCUGACUGGCCGCCACCAAAAGGUCUGAAUACCACUGGAAAUGUCGUUUUGAUGGGCGAUUCGUUGCACCAAAUGGCCAUGUAUCGAGGUGAGGGGGCGAAUCAUGCUAUUGCUGAUGUUGUUGACUUUGCGAACCAAGUUGUUCCACUGCUUGGGGCAACCAAUGGAAGGUCCAUGACCAGUCACAACACCAAGGCAGAGGAGUCGCCGAACAAUACUUUGCCUUCAUGUUGUCCCCAGAGCGCAACAACACCGUUGGAUCAGGAUCGUCUGCGCAUCGCUCUGAGCCAAUAUGAAAAUACAGUUAUCGACAGGGCUCGGCCAGGGGUGCUGGCAUCUCGUCGCGCUUGCCUGGAUGCCCAUGAGUGGGCUCGAAUUGGCCCCGAGAGCCCACUGCUAACUAAACGCCAGAUGAACAUUAUUUAUGAUGAGCUAGCUGAUAGAAUCGUGGGUUAG